UCAGUGACCUUCAAAGAUGUGGCUGUGGACUUCACCGAGGAAGAAUGGCACCAUGUGGACCCUGCUCAGAGGAGUUUAUACAGGGAUGUGAUGCUGGAGAACUAUAGCCACCUGGUUUCUCUUGGAUAUCAAGUUUCCAAGCCAGAGGUGAUCUUCAAAUUGGAACAAGGAAAAGAGCCUUGGAUAUCAGAGGGAGAAAUCCAAAGACCUUUCUGUGCAGACUGGAAGACCAGGCCUGAAGCCAAAUCAAGUCUGCAGCAGAGCAUAUCUGAAGUAUCCUGUAGCAGAGAUGGUCUUUCACAUGCCACUUUAGAAGAUGCCUGGAAUGUUAGUAACCAGUUAGAGAGGCAUCAGGAAAACUGGAAGAGAUAUCUGGGACGUGAGACAUCUACCCAAAAGAAAAUAGCCAUACCACAGGAGAGUUUUGAGCAAAAUAAAUUUGAUGAAAACUCUAGACUAAACACAGACCUGGUUACACAGUUGAGCAUUCCUUCAAGAAUAAGACCCAGCGAAUGUGAGACACCUGGAAGUAAUUUGGGACAUAAUUCAGACUUACUUAAUCAGAAUAAUAUCCUUGCAAAAAAGAAACCCUAUAAAUGUAAUAAAUGUAGAAAAGCCUUUAUUCAUAGAUCAUCUCUUACCAAACAUGAAAAAACUCAUAAAGGAGAGGGGACUUUCUCUAAUGGAACAGAUCAAGGAAUUUACCCUGGAAAGAAGCACCAUGAAUGUACUGACUGUGGGAAAACCUUCCUCUGGAAGACACAACUUACUGAACACCAGAGAAUUCACACUGGGGAGAAACCCUUUGAAUGCAAUGUCUGUGGGAAAGCCUUCAGGCAUAGCUCAUCUCUUGGUCAGCAUGAGAAUGCUCAUACCGGAGAGAAACCCUAUCAGUGCAGUCUCUGCGGGAAAGCCUUUCAGCGUAGUUCCUCCCUUGUUCAACACCAGAGAAUACACACUGGAGAGAAACCCUAUCGGUGUAAUCUGUGUGGGAGAUCGUUUCGGCAUGGCACAUCCCUCACUCAACAUGAGGUCACACAUAGCGGGGAGAAACCCUUCCAGUGUAAGGAAUGUGGAAAAGCCUUCAGUCGGUGUUCUUCCCUUGUUCAACAUGAGAGGACUCAUACUGGAGAGAAACCUUUUGAAUGUAGCAUAUGUGGGAGGGCUUUUGGUCAGAGCCCAUCCCUUUAUAAACAUAUGAGAAUUCAUAAGCGAGGCAAACCUUACCAAAGCAUAGAUUUCAAGCACAGUUCAUCUCUUACUCAAGAUGAAAGCACUCUCACUGAAGUGAAACCCUAUCAUUGUAACAACUGUGGGGAAGACUUUAGUCACAUUACAGACUUUACUGACCAUCAGAGGAUCCAUACUGGAGAGAACGUCUAUGACUGUGAGCAGGCUUUUAGUCAACAACCUAUUUCUCAUCCCGGAGAGAAACCCUAUCAGUGUAAUGUAUGUGGAAAAGCUUUCAAGAGGAGUACAAGUUUCAUAGAGCAUCACAGAAUUCAUACUGGAGAAAAACCCUAUGAAUGUAAUGAAUGUGGGGAAGCCUUCAGUCGACGGUCAUCACUUACACAACAUGAGAGAACCCACACUGGAGAGAAGCCCUAUGAAUGUAUUGACUGUGGGAAAGCCUUCAGUCAGAGUUCAUCCCUUAUUCAGCAUGAGAGAACUCAUACUGGAGAGAAACCCUAUGAAUGUAAUGAAUGUGGACGAGCCUUCCGAAAGAAAACCAACCUACAUGAUCAUCAGAGAAUUCAUACUGGAGAAAAACCCUACGCUUGUAAGGAAUGUGGGAAAAACUUUAGUCGGAGCUCAGCUCUUACUAAACACCAGAGAAUUCAUACACGAAAUAAACUCUAGGAACCCCGAAAUUAAGAAAUGUGCAGAAUGUCUUAGCUAAAAUAUUGUUUUUAUUCAGUAUCAGGAUUCUUACUGGAAGGAAAGCUUGAGACUGUAAUGAACUGUGUGUGUGUUUGUAUGUUGUAUGUGGAGAAAAAUGCCUGUAGAUAAUUUUUUUAAAGCAAAAGCCCCGUUCUCACAUCUCAUUACAGACCUUUGUAAAAACAACUUCAGACAUCAUAUAUAGUUGGUUUGAAAUGAUAUGCCUGUAUAUUGGACUUUAUAAAGCUUUUUAAUAUAUGUAUGCAGGAAUUCACCAAAUUUCAGCACUUUGACUUGUAACUCCACUGUUUACAGUCUUUUUAAAAAAUAAACAAAACUCCUGCAGUAAUAACCAAAACUCACUUUUAAAAUUGUUUGACAACUGCCCUCAACUACAGCUCUUACAUUAAAUUCUCCAUGGAAACCAACUCCACCUCCAGAAAUUCAUUUCUAAAAAUUAGUUCAUCUAGUUUAUUGUACAGAUGAAGAGACUGAAAGCCAAAGAUGUGAAGCAGUUUACAUAGUAUGAUACUAUAAUUGCAAAGCUGAGUGGAGAAUGUAGGUUUCCUGGAUUCGGGGUCCCAUGGACUUGCCACUGAAAAGAUAUUUUGGAAUUCAGAGGGCUUUGAAAUAAAGUUUAAGAUACAUCAGGAGCCGGCAGGUGGCAUGGUGGUUAAGGGCAUUGGACUCCCAUAUGGCCGACC